UAGGUAACCUUUUGAACGACGACACACGACACACUAAAUGACGUUUCAGAAACAAUUGACAACAUGUACAGCAAGCGAUCGACAUCGACAACGCUUCUCUCCGCAACACUCGUAAAAUAAAGUGGUAACAAAAUAUUUUAGUGAAAUAUGCGAAAAUACAGCGGUGGGGAGGAAAAGUUAUACAUAAACAGUUUGUGCGUUAGUGGCAACAGUAUAAAACUUCUGAAUCCGAUAAACAAGUGUUAUACCGGCAGCAACAAAAACAUAAAGUUCACGUUGGACGUUGACGAACUAAAAUCGCAGAAAAGCCAUUGUUCGAGAAAAGUUAAUAAAGAACAAAUAGUGAGACAGCCUUUGAAAGUGAACGUAACCGAGUAUAAAAAUUUUCAAGUGUGCAGCAAAGAGUUAAGACAAAUCUACGAAACCGUAAAAGUUCAAGAUUUUGAAAGGAUUCUAAACAACUUUUAUAAAUCCGGCAGUGAUGCAUACAAAGUGACCAACAAAAUAGACGAAAUCCUAGACAAAAUAAACGCCGAUGAUAUUUACGAAGAAUUUUUCGGUACUGCCUCAAGAUUCAAAAGCCAGAAGACUAUUCGUAACGACCGGAGGAUUGAAAAAAGUUCAAAUGAUUGACGUCAAACCUGGAACAGCUCUCUUCGAAUAUAUCAGCAUAAUAAAUUCAUGUUUCCCAGAGGAAAUUGUUCGAUAUUAUUCUCCUGGAUAUCCCGAGACUCUUCUGGAUAAGGUAGAACAAUAUUCACCACAAAUGAUGACUGUACUAAGGGAGACAGACAUGAAUGAAAAUGAAAUGCAAACAGAUAUGGUGAAUUUGGAUGAGCAUACUUCGGACGAGGAUGACGAGAGAAAUAUGCCGCCUUCGUAAUAAAGCUAAACAUUUAAUAAAUAUUUAUAUAUAUUUUUAAUAAAUUACCGUAAAUAUUUU